UCUCCUUCCUCGAAUCCCCUCUCCCCCCCCUUUCCCAACCUUAUUUAAUCGCCCUUCUCUCCCCGAAUCCUCUCCGCAAUCCCACUCUCCGCGUUCCUGAUUUACUCUUCCCUUCUCCCAUGGCUCAGAGACCGGUCGAGUUCGAGGACUUCCUCCCUCUCAUGGCGGAGAAGCUCGGGGAGGACGGCCUCAUGGAGGAGCUCUGCAACGGCUUCCGCCUGCUGAUGGAUCCGGGGAGAAAGCUGAUAACUUUCGAGAGCUUGAGGCGCAACGCGGCCCUGCUGGGCCUGGAGGGGCUCCGGGAUGACGAGCUCAGAGGGAUGCUGAGGGAGGGGGACCUCGAUGGCGAUGGCGCCUUGAGCGAGAUGGAGUUUUGCGUGCUGAUGGUGAGGCUGAGCCCGGAGCUGAUGGAAGCCUCGCGGCGCUGGAUGGAUGACGCGCUUUGGGAAGCGUUUGCAGCUGGCGGAUUCACGAGCUGAGCUCUCUUCUUCUUCCGCCUGUUUUUUUCUUUCUUCUUGGUUAAAGACCCGAUAUUCCUGGCAGCUGAUGUGUUGGAUUUUGGGGGAUUCUACUGACUGAUACGAUUGUUGGAGGGGGAUCUGAUGUUUAUAUGACAAAUUAAUUGGAAAUUUAACUGAAUUUUGAGGGCCAUGGAUAUCUUUGGAUGCUCAUGUCAAUAAAGUUUUCAAUUUUGCGGUCCCCUUGUGUUUCCUGUCAAUUUGUUGAAAACGUUAUCGGCUUAGGAUAGCUCAUGCAUCCGUUAUAAAGUUUGAAUCAAAUUCUGAUGUUUCUGUGUGGCUUGAGGUUGUUGAUUAAUCUUUUCGACCACCGAUUUGGGUUAUUAAAUGCAUCUGACCCUUUUGCAUUCACGAUGUAUAUCAUGUAUUUGAUUUACUUACAGAGGAGAAUACAACUCUGUUUUUGGGGAGAAUGAAGCUAUUGGCUGAUUUCC